UAUUCCUUCUUUCUUGCCCUUUCUCUAUCUGUCUCCAUUUUUCUCCAUCUCUUUCUCUCAAACUCAUCAUUUGCAAUUUGCAUACUCAUUCUCUACUAUGCAUUUUUUGCUACAUUAACUCAAACCCUUUUAAAUUUGAGAUUAUCAUCAAGACUUGAGAAGCACUACUACUAUUUGUAUAUAUCAUGUAUUUUUGUUCAAUACCAACCAUCUAAAUCUCUUUUAUUAAUUACUACGUACCAUCCAUUCAUCCAUCCUAGCUAGAUUCCUUGCUCUUUUUCCCUUCUUAGAAACUUCAGUUGAAGCCAUUAUUUCAACCUCAGAAGGCAAAAAACACACCUCCCACUAGGAAAAUAAGAUCUUUAUCUCCAACGAUAAGUCUAUCUUCUCCUUUUACUGCAAACAAACACUUGAUCUCUUUCAUAUUAUUCCCCUUGAAACCCUAAGGCCCUGAAAGAGCAGAAUAGAGUUCGUGUUUGUUCCCUAAGCUAUCAGAUGAUGUGGAUGAUGGGAUACAAUGAUGGGGCAGAGUUCAAUAGCAUGCAAGAUCCAUUUUCCGGCAGGAAGCUCCGCCCCCUCAUGCCGAGACCAGCCGCUGCCGCCGCCACCACCUCCACAACCCCGCCUUGUUUAACUCGUAUCCACGGCACUGAUCAUCUUCUUGCUUUCAACCACCAUCUUGCAAUGGCGGAGCCAAACAGGAGCACACAACAGGUUGUGGUUAGUUCGCGCUGGAACCCGACUCCUGAACAGCUUCAAACCCUUGAAGAAUUGUACCGGAGGGGCACUCGAACUCCCUCGGCCGAGCAAAUCCAGCACAUUACCGCACAGCUGAGGCGAUACGGCAAGAUUGAGGGCAAGAACGUGUUCUACUGGUUUCAGAAUCACAAGGCUAGAGAACGCCAGAAACGCCGUCGCCAGCUCGAAUCUCUCUCCGAUGAACAACCCCAUAACAAUAAUCACACCGAAAAUGGCGAAAAGAGAGAAACAUCAGGAGCAAAUAGGACAGCAUUUGAAGUUGAACAGACUAAGAACUGGGCAUCUCCUACAAACUCUAGUACAAUUGCAGAGAAAACUGUAUGUAAGCAAAUGGGGACAGCAAAAGCAGAAUGUAAAGCAGAUGGAUGGGUACAGUUCGACGCAGAAUUUCCACAGCAGAGGAGGAAUGCCACGUGGCAAAUAAUGCGUUGUUUGUCUUGUUCUUCAUCUCCCACCACCAACCUAAUAAACCCCUCUUCUGCCCCUACUGUCCCUUCUACUACUACUAUUCCUUCAACAACAACAAAGCUGCCGCCGCCGCCGCCGCACCAACAAGAUUUCAUCAACCUCUUUCUCCAACCCUACCCUAAUCUUGACCACCGCGCCGGCGGAGACGAGGCACAAACUCUUGAAUUGUUUCCUCUUGAGUCCAGCGGCGGCCCCCAGCGCCGGCAGAACCACGACUUAUGUGCUGUGGAAGAGGAGGAGGAGGAGGAGGAGGAGGAUUCAGGUGGUGGAUAUAGUCAUGUUACUCCUCAGCAAUUCUUCGAAUUCCUUCCAUUAAAGAACUGAUGAAUAGAGGGUGAAUGCAUGCAUGCAUCCAAGCAUGGAUGAAUUUUAUAUAUAUAUAUAUAUAUAUGAAAUUUCACUUAGCUAUCAGCAAUUAAUCGAUGUAGUGAAAUGAUAUGUGAUGGCUUUGUGUUUGGAUUUUCGAUGGGUUGAUUUCUUCCAAGGUUUUGUCAUUUCGGGUGCGAUUUUCAGAAGCUGGGAAUGUGGAAAAGAUUGUAAUGCAUUUAUGCUAUGUUUAUGGAAAGCUCUAUUUUGACAGAAGUAGACUUCUAUGGUUCCUCAGAAGUAGAGAGAGAGAGAGA